UCGCUCUUCAAGUCAAAUCGUGGAACACUUUCUGGUUACUUUCUGGCCGGUCGCUUCAUGACUUGGCUGCCGGUGGGUGCCUCUUUAUUCGCCAGCAACAUUGGCAGUGAACACUUCAUUGGCCUGGCUGGUUCUGGGGCAGCUAGAGGUAUUGGAAUCGGAGCAUUUGAACUUAAUGCUUGCCUCCUAUUGCAGCUUCUCGGAUGGGUCUUCUUGCCCGUAUUCAUCGCUAGCGGAGUUGGUCAAUGCUCCCUUUUCUUUUUAGUUUUUCCUCAUUCUAAAACCUGUUUGACUUAUUACUUUGGCUUCCGAUGA